AUGGGAAGACCUCCUUGUUGUGAUAAAGUACUUGGUAUCAAGAAAGGACCUUGGACUCCUGAAGACGAUCUAAUUUUAGCAUCUUACAUCGAAGGACAUGGACCAGGGAAUUGGAGAUCAGUUCCAACUAAUGCAGGUUUGUCAAGGUGCAGCAAAAGUUGCAGGCUGAGAUGGACUAAUUACUUAAGACCAGGAAUCAAGAGAGGAAACUUCACUGAACUUGAAGAAAACAACAUAAUUACUCUUCAACGUUUAUGGGGAAACAAAUGGGCAGCAAUAGCUUCAAAUCUUCCACAAAGAACAGAUAAUGAUAUAAAGAAUUAUUGGAAUACACAUCUAAAGAAAAAACUCAAGAAUAAGUUUCGUUCGCAUCAUCUGGGAUCAUCAUCAAUAAGCCUUCAGUUUCUUAACAAAGAUUGUAGAACUCUUAGUCAUGAUAGGAUAAGCAACUUAGAAUAUCAUCAUUUGAGUAUCCAUCAAAAUUCAGCCCUAAAUAAGUUCAUUAGUACUAUUACUAGCAGUAGUACUAGUACCCCAUCAUCAUCUACCACUUAUGCUUCAAGCACAGAAAACAUUUCAAGACUCUUGGAAGAUUGGGUCAAGAAUUCUCCUAACAAGUUCAGUAGUGGUGCGCUCAAAUUAAAGACCACCCAAACAGAAGAAAAAGUACUACCCAGUGGCAGCAAUAACUCCGAUAACAACAACCCCAACAAUGGUAACAAUAACCCUUAUAAUUAUGAUGAUCUACUUAUUAAGAAAUUUGAAGUGCAAGAAACCUGUAAUGGGAAUGAUUAUGUUAUCUGUAAUGAGGCAGAUUACUUUGAAUCUCUUUUAACAUUUGAGAAGAUUAAUAUGGCUUGUUGGGAGCAGAAAUCUUCUUCAGACUCAACGACUACAAUUCAUGGGUCGACAUCGGCAUCCCCAGAGGAACCUCAAACAACUACUGUUACUACUAAAGCUGCUACCCCAAUUAAAGAUAGGGUUAAUUCGAACUCGGGUAGUGAUCACCAAGGGCUAGUUGUUGAUGAUCAAAACCAACGUCCUCCAUUUUCUUUACUAGAGAAGUGGCUCCUCGAUGAAGCAACUGAUCAAGUUCUUGAGGAAGAUCAAAUGGAGAUUUAUCCAACAUUUUGA